CUGUAUCUCUGUUAUGGCUGUAUCUCUGUUAUGGCUGUAUCUCUGUUAUGGCUGUAUCUCUGUUAUGGCUGUAUCUCUGUUACGGCUGUAUCUCUGUUACGGCUGUAUCUCUGUUAUGGCUGUAUCUCUGUUAUGGCUGUAUCUCUGUAUGGCUGUAUCUCUGUUAUGGCUGUAUCUCUGUUAUGGCUGUAUCUCUGUUAUGGCUGUAUCUCUGUUAUGGCUGUAUCUCUGUUAUGGCUGUAUCUCUGUUAUGGCUGUAUCUCUGUUAUGGCUGUAUCUCUGUAUGGCUGUAUCUCUGUAUGGCUGUAUCUCUGUUAUGGCUGUAUCUCUGUUAUGGCUGUAUCUCUGUUAUGGCUGUAUCUCUGUAUGGCUGUAUCUCUUUUAUGGCUGUAUCUCUGUUAUGGCUGUAUCUCUGUUAUGGCUGUAUCUCUGUUAUGGCUGUAUCUCUGUUAUGGCUGUAUCUCUGUUUAUGGUUGUAUCUCUGUUAUGGCUGUUAUCUCUGUUAUGGCUGUAUCUCUGUUAUGGCUGUAUCUCUGUUAUGGCUGUAUCUCUGUUAUGGCUGUAUCUCUGUUAUGGCUGUAUCUCUGUUAUGGCUGUAUCUCUGUUAUGGCUGUAUCUCUGUUAUGGCUGUAUCUCUGUAUGGCUGUAUCUCUGUUAUGGCUGUAUCUCUGUUAUGGCUGUAUCUCUGUUAUGGCUGUAUCUCUGUUGUGGCUGUAUCUCUGUUAUGGCUGUAUCUCUGUUAUGGCUGUAUCUCUGUAUGGCUGUAUCUCUGGAUGGCUGUAUCUCUGGAUGGCUGUGUCUCUGUAUAAAUAAUAUGCCAUUUAGCAGACACUUUUAUCCAAAGCGACUUUUUUUUUUGUGUAUGGGUGGUCCCGGGGAUCUCUGUAUGGCUGUAUCUCUGUAUGGCUGUGUCUCUGUAUCUCUGUAUGGCUGUAUCUCUGACUGAAACUGAAGUAACACAAGUGUUUAGUGUUUUAACUUCCAUACAGGAAACACAAUGGAUGUGUCCCAAAUGGCACCCUAGUUCCUAUGUUGUGCAUUAUAUAGGGAGUAGGCUGCCAUUUGGGAUGAAGACAAUAUCUUUGGUAUUUCCUGUGUCAAUACGUCUCUCUCGCUCUCUCUCUCUCUCUCUCUCUCUCUCUCUCUCUCUCUCUCUCUCUCUCUCUCUCUCUCCUCUCUCCUCCUCUCUCUCUCUCUCUCUCUCUCUCUCUCUCUCUCUCUCUCUCGCUCUCUCUCUAGUAUUGAAGGGAAAAGGGGGUCCUCUCUAAACAUGAUGGAGUGUAGGGGAGAGUUUCCUGACAGUACUUGUGUGUGUUCUCAGGGCCUGUCGGUUGAAGAAGAAAGCGCAGCACGAAGCCAACAAGAUCAAGCUGUGGGGACUCAACCAGGAGUACGGUUAGUACCAACAUGGCAACCCUAACCCUCGUCAGACCUGGCAACCCUCCUCUCCCUUUCCUUCCCCUAUCCAAACCUGGCAACCAAGCCCUCCUCUACCUUUCCUUUCCUUUCCUUACCAAACCUGGCAACCAAGCCCUCCUCUCCGUUUCCUUCCCCUGGCCAAACCUGGGAACCAAGCCCUCCUCUCCCUUUCCUUUUCAACAUAGACAAACCUUGUAUAAAAUAUUUUGAAUUUGUAGAAUGUCAGAUCUUCUACGUUAUAUCCACUAUCAGGGAAACAUAACAAUAUGCUGGGCAGCACCUCCUCUACAUCUAUUCAUUUGGUCUCCAUCCAGGGUUUUAACCAAGCCCAGCUUUGAUAUUUGUCACUGACUACUACCAAUGUGCUAUCAUGAGAAUGAGCUAUUGUUUCAAUUCAGCCUAGGGUUAAACUAAAAAUAGACAAUUCAAGCUUUGAUUGAUUUCAAAUGUAAUCUUCAAGUUAAUCAUUAAUAUUUUGGAUUCACGUCUCCAUCUCAACCAAAAACCUAAAUUUAAGAAUAGGACUAAAUCAAAUCAAACUUUAAAUGCACAUAAAGUUUGAUUUAGUCAUAUUCUUAAACUUUGAUUCAACAUAUAAAUGAUUCAUGUGUAGACAAACUGGAAUUAAAGCCAGACUCAGUCAGUGGCAAAAGAUAUACAUCUCAUUCAAAUGUUGAUAUUUGGUUGCGAUGACAACCAAACACAAUUCAAUAUCACUUUUGCAACAGCCUAUUAACUUGUCGACAAGUUAACAAAUUAUAUUUUGAAUUCACGUCUCCAACUAAACUAAAAAUAAAAGUUAAAGAAUAGGAUUAAGCCAGUUGCUCGGGUUAAACUAUCCAAGCAUUUGAUAUCCUUUAAAUGUUGAUAUUUGGUUGUGUUAUUACAAUUCAAUAUUACUUUUAUCCUCCCGAGUGGCGCAGUGGUCUAAGGCACUGCAUCGCAGUGCUAGCUGUGCCACUAGAGAUCCUGGUUCGAAUCCAGGCUCUGUCGUAGCUGGCCACGACCGGGAGACCCAUGGGGCGGCGCACAAUUGGCCCAGCGUCGUCCAGGGUAGGGGAGGGAAUGGCCGGCAGGGAUGUAGCUCAGUUGGUAGAGCAUGGCGUUUGCAACGCCAGGGUUGUGGGUUCGAUUCCCACAGGGGGCCAGUAUAAACAAAUGAUGUAUGCACUCACUAACUGUAAGUCGCUCUGGAUAAGAGCGUCUGCUAAAUUACUUAAAUGUAAUGUAAUAUAGUAAAUAGCCUAAUGUUAAGGCUAUCUUACAAACUAAUGUAACAGUAUUUAUUCUACCUUAAAAUGACUAACACAUCCAUGGUCACAUUUUGAGGUUAGCCUACUGUACCUAUAAUUGUCUUCUUAUGUAAUCAUAGAAAGCGUGCAGGUCUGUGGAGAUCUUCACAAUUGCUAUAAUAAUCAGCACAGAAUCUCAAACAGCAUUGAUCACUUGCACCAUGUACUUGUAAUGUAAUCUCAACUGCAAUCCAGGUCAUUUGGUUGUGCUAUUAGAUGAAGCACAGUGAUAACACAUUAAGUUGUUGUAUAAAUACAAAAUAUCUGACAUUGUAUUCCCAUUUGAACUUUGUUGUGCUUUUAAAUGGUUGAAAGUGCAGUGAUAACACAUCUAAACCAAAAAUCAGACAUUGUUUUUCCAUUGGAAUGUGGCUUUUAGAUGGCUGAAAGCAGAGUGAUAACACUGGGAUUUCAACAACUUCUGGCUGUCUUUUUGAGUGGGUAAAUAAAGGUUGAAAUCUCAUUAAUCAACGUCUCAACCAGGGGUGAAAGUAGAAUGAAUGUCAUCCUGGUACGGGACCUCCUAUGUGUUCAAGCGCUCGUAAAACAAUCCCUUCAAAGGGAUCCUUUACUUGGCUUCCCAUGCACCUUCAUCCACUCGCAACAUAUUUCCAGCCUCCAAACAGUGGUGAAUGGAAAGAGACAUCUGUUACACAAAACACCACAAAGUGUAAGGACAUUUGCUAAUUGUCAUUAUGCCAGAAUGUAUGCGUCCACUGCUGUCCGCACACGUUUCUGCCACUCAUCUCUGCCUUGGCAAAAUGUCAGUGUUCUCGUGGAACCACAUCGCAUUUUGGAGUGUAGGCUAUACCACCUGUUUUUAAGUCCAUUCACUCAUUUUUCAUGCAUUUUACAUGCGGUAAUGAUAAAUAAUGGCGUAAUAUCCUACAGUUUUCUAGACAUUUAGUUUGAAUGAUUGUGAUAGGCUCAUGUUUUACCGGUACGGCACACCCCCACUAUUUAUUUUGCCAGGACGCCGUACCGGACCGCCUUACUUUCACCCCUGGUCUCAACCAAAUAUUACCCACAUUUGAAAUGUUGACGAGUGGUGUGCCCAGUGGGAAGCUACAGAUGUAGGAUCUUAAUUUGAGCCAGUUUGCUACAGUGGGAAAAUAAUCCUGCAUCAACAGGAAAUGUGAAUUAUUAUGUGGAUUAUAAUUAACGGACAUUUCUUUGUAGGGGUUGAUCAAAAAUGGUUUACGGCAAAUGAAGUCUGAUAUUUUAAAGUGGAAAUUACAAGCUUUAGAAGCCUUUUUAAACCUUGAAUACGCUACAAGUUUGCAUUUCCUCCUGUGCAUAAUGGAGUACUAUGGGACAGCACAGUUGGGGGAAAUAGAAGAAAGAUGCUCUUCCGCUCUGCUCCUCUCCUCUCUCCAAACAACACGCUCUGUGUAUCAGGUAGAACGUCACAUUGAAGUGACGCUGAUGGCAACACAACAGAACGCUUAUAGUGGAGCUGAAGUGUAACCCUCCCCUCCCCUCAUUCUCUCCCCUCCCCUCCCUCCGCUUUCCCUAGUUGGACCUCACCCUCCUUUCCCUCCCCAGAUAAACCUAGCAACCCUACCCUCCCCCAAUCCAAACCUGGCAACUCUAACCCUCCUUUCCCUCCCCAGAUAAACCUAGCAACCCUACCCUCCCCCAAUCCAAACCUGGCAACCUCCCCACCUCCCUCCCCCAGUCCCAUCCAAACCUGGCAACCUCCCCACCUCACUCCCCCAGUCCCAUCCAAACCUGGCAACAUCCCCACCUCCCUCCCCCAGUCCCAUCCAAACCUGGCAACCUUCUCCAUCCUCUCCCCUAGUCAAAUCUGUUGGAAUCUUCCGGACAGCCCUUUUGUUGCUGGAAUUCCAAACAUUCCAGAAGGCGGGCCAGUAUUCAGCUGCCUGAACGGGCGGGGGCUUGUGAUUGGGCCUUAGUAACGGAUGGAGGGAUGGAGGGGGACUAACAGAGGUCUAGGAGCUGGAGGCUAGCCAGGAGUUUCACCUCAUUCACUCCCUUCUCUUCCUCUCUACCUCUCUCUUCACUUCCUCCCUCACUCACACUUUACUUUCCUUCUCUCUCACCCCCCACCCCCCCUCCCCACACACGCCCCUCUCUCUUCCUCCCAUUCUCUCUGUGUAUACAAGCCUCAUGCUUCCAUGUGUAUGAGCGGUGGACUGGGGAGUUCACUUCAAAAUGACUGGAGCUGGGACACCUGCCAACUGUGGAAAGCCUGACCUCGAUUACUCUACAAAGUAAUGGGUGUGUGUGUUUAUGUGUGUGUGUCGGUGUGUGUCGGUGUUUAGUCUCCCCCAGAGAGCCUGUCCUUCGGAGGCAUUAGAAGGAAAUCUGGAGCGAAGGAUGAAGGAUGUGUGGGAAAAGAAAGAGAGGAGGGGAGGGGCUGUGUCCCCUACAGGGAAGGAGACACAGAGCAUUAUGGGAACUGUAGUACAUCAUUCCACAUUAUCCAUUUUCUCGCUGCCUGCCAACUGAAGCCCAUUCAAUAUAGAGCACUUUGAUUUCAUUAUACUAUGAACUGAAUAGUAUACUGCUACUUCAACAGAUUUUGAUGUUGUUUAUCCCGUGUGUGUGUGUGUGUGUGUGUGUGUGUGUGUGUGUGUGUAUAGAGAACCUGUUGGGGGCGUUGCUGAGGAUCAAGGAGGUGAUUGGUCAGCGGGUGGAGCGAAGCGGAGAGGAGGUGGACAAAGAUGAACGAGGGAUGAUCCAGAGACUGGAGGAUAUACUGAAAGAGUCCAGCGGUGAGAGAGGGAGGGAGAGAGGGGGAUGACCCAGAGACUGGAGGAUAUACUGAAAGAGUCCAGCGGUGAGAGAGGGAGGGAGAGAGGGGGAUGACAGAGACUGGAGGAUAUACUGAACGAGUCCAGCGGUGAGGGAGGGAGGGAGAGAGGGGGAUGACCCAGAGACUGGAGGAUAUACUGAAAGAGUCCAGCGGUGAGAGAGGGAGGGAGAGAGGGGGAUGAUCCAGAGACUGGAGGAUAUACUGAAAGAGUCCAGCGGUGAGAGAGGGAGGGAGAGAGGGGGAUGAUCCAGAGACUGGAGGAUAUACUGAAAGAGUCCAGCGGUGAGAGAGGGAGGGAGAGAGGGGGAUGACCCAGAGACUGGAGGAUAUACUGAAAGAGUCCAGCGGUGAGAGAGGGAGGGAGAGAGGGGGAUGACCAGAGACUGGAGGAUAUACUGAAAGAGUCCAGCGGUGAGAGAGGGAGGGAGAGAGGGGGAUGACCCAGAGACUGGAGGAUAUACUGAAAGAGUCCAGCGGUGAGAGAGGGAGGGAGAGAGGGGGAUGACCCAGAGACUGGAGGAUAUACUGAAAGAGUCCAGCGGUGAGAGAGGGAGGGAGAGAGGGGGAUGACCCAGAGACUGGAGGAUAUACUGAAAGAGUCCAGCAGUGUGAGAGAGUGGGGGGGAAUGUCCCUCCAAAUUUGUUUCUAAGAAUAAUAAUUUACAUAUUAAAAAUGUUUUAUAAUUGGACAUAAAAGACUGUAAAAACACUAGCAAAUCAGCUCCAAAUGAUUUUAAUUUUGGAAAUCUGUUCCAAAGUAUUCCCACACAUAAUAGAGAGAUAUAUGUGAAAUGUAAGCAAGGCUUGUGAAAUGGUUAUACUGGGGCGUCAGGUAGUUUAGUGGUUAAGAGUGUUGUGCCAGUAAGGUCGCUGGUUCUAAUCCCCGAGCCGACUAGGUGACAAAUCUGUCGAUGUGCCCUUGAGCAAGGCACUUAACCCUAAUUGCUCCUGUAAGUCACUCUGGAUAAGAGCGUCUGCUAAAUGACUAAAAUGUAAAUGUAAAUAUAUGUUUGGGCUUCUUGUGGUCAAUUUGCAGUCUACUAAUUAUUUGUAAUUAUGUUCUGGCCCCCUGACCAUCCGCCCAAGAAAAAUAGGCCCGCGGCUGAAUCUAGUUGAUGAUCCCUGUACUAAAGGAUCCAGCGUUAGAGAUGGAGGGAGGGGACAGAGGGAGGGGACGGAGGGAGGAGACGGAGGGAGGGGACAGAGGGAGGGGACGGAGGGAGGGGACGGAGGGAGGGGACGGAGCGAGGAGACGGAUGGAGGAGACGGAUGGAGGAGACGGAGGGAGGGGACAGAGGGAGGGGACGGAGCGAGGAGACGGAGGGAGGAGACGGAUGGAGGAGACGGAGGGAGGAGACGGAUGGAGGAGACGGAGGGAGGGGACAGAGGGAGGGGACGGAGCGAGGAGACGGAGGGAGGAGACGGAUGGAGGAGACGGAGGGAGGAGACGGAGGGAGGAGACGGAGGGAGGGGACGGAGGGAGGGGACGGAGGGGAAAAGAAGGGAGAGAGGAAGAAACCAACACAGAUUAGAAGCAUAAAGACACAGAGAGUUCAACAGGGGGAAAAGACGUCUCUCUCUCUAUCGCUUUUCUUUCUCUUCUUCUGUAUCUACAGUGUCUCUCUAUUCUAAUAUCUCCAUCUGUGUGUUCUCAGGUCCUCUAGUGGCUGGACGGACCAAAGAGUUUGUCCAGAGGAUCCUGGAGGUGAGUGGAGGGGGACUGACCAAGGCUGGGGCCGGGGGCAAAGACACACAGACCCCCCCUGGACCGGGAGAGGAGACGGCUGCCUAA